AUGACCCUUUACAUGCCAUUAUUCAGGUCAUGCACUACCUUAACAAAACUUGUUCAACUCCAUGGCCACCUCUUGGUCUCUGGUCUCCACAAAGACCCACUUGCUUCAACCAAACUCAUUGAAUCCUAUGCCCAAAUGGGUUCCCUCCAAUCCUCCACACGAGUCUUUGAAUCCUUCCCCAAUCCAGAUUCUUUCAUGUGGGGUGUUCUAAUCAAGUCCCACGUGUGGAACCACUUCUUUGAAGAGGCCAUCAGAUUGUACCAUAAAAUGGUGUACCAUGGAAUCCACAUUAAUGGUUUUAUAUUUCCUUCCGUUUUGAGAGCUUUUUCCCAUUUUGGUGAUGUCGGUUGUGGUGGGAAGCUCCAUGGCAGGAUAGUCAAAUGUGGGUUUGGUGGUGAUGAUAUUGUGCAAACGUCACUGCUCUUCAUGUAUGGAGAAUUGGGCUGUUUGGAUAAUGCUUUGAAGGUGUUUGAUGAAAUGCCGGUGAAAGAUGCCGUUGUGUGGAGUUCGCUUAUUGGGUGUUGUGUGCAGAAUGGGGAGACAACUGAAGGUUUGAAGAUGUUCCGUCGGAUGGUCUCUGAAGGUGUUGAACCGGAUUCAGUCACAAUGCUUAGUGUUGUUGAUGCUUGUGGUGAUUUGGUGUGUUGGAGAGUGGCUAAAUCGGUCCAUGGUUAUGUUGUGGGAAGAAGUAUAGGAACUGAUGGGUUCUUGGGCAGUUCUCUAAUUACUAUGUAUGGCAAAUGCGGUGACACGCUUGGUGCAGAGACAGUCUUUCAAAGAGUUGCUAACCCAAGUACUGCUUCUUGGACUGCUAUGAUCUCCUGCUACAAUCGAACCGGUUGCUUUAGGGAAGCACUAGAUAUCUUUGUAGCAAUGCAGGACUUGAAAGUUGAACCGAAUUCGGUGACCUUGAUGAGUAUUCUACGUUCUUGCGCUAGUUUAGGCUUGCUGAGAGAAGGGAAGGCAAUUCAUUGCUUUGCUAUUAGAAAAGCUAUUGACUUUGACAUUCUUAAACCAGCAUUACUAGAAUUAUAUGCUGAUUGCAGAAGACUAGGUGAAUAUGAGAAGAUUCUUCUCACAACUCGGGAGAAUAAUAUUGUGCCAUGGAAUACAAUCAUCUCAUGUUAUGCUCGUCAGGGAUUUUCGAGGGAGGCUUUGUUAUUCUUUAGAGAGAUGCAAGUGCGAGGGAUUAUGCCGGACUCGUUUAGCCUCUCAAGUUCUCUCACAGCUUGCGGGAAUGUUGGCCUAUUACAGCUUGGACACCAGAUACACUGCCAUGUUAUUAAAAGAGGUUACUUUCACGAGUAUGUCCAGAACUCUUUGAUUGACAUGUACUGUAAAUGUGGUUUUGUGGAUACAGCGUACACAAUAUUCGAUAAGCUUGAACACAUAAGUGUGGUGGCAUGGAAUUGUAUGAUUUGUGGAUUUUCCCAGAAUGGUUACUCAGUUGAGGCAAUCAAUCUUUUUGAUAAAAUGUUCUUAAACCGUCUUGAGAUGGAUGAAGUGACCUUUUUACUUGUAAUCCAAGCUUGCUCCCAAUUAGGUUACUUAGAAAAGGGAAAAUGGGUUCACCACAAGCUUAUUACCUGUGGUAUGACAAAAGAUAUCUACAUGGGUACAGCUCUAACCGACAUGUACGCCAAGUGCGGUCUCCUCCAAACAGCCCGACGAGUUUUUGACAGCAUGUCAGAAAGAAGCAUUGUGACAUGGAGUGUCAUGAUUGCCGGGUACGGUAUGCACGGUGAGAUUAAUGCUGCAAUAAAAAUUUUCACCCAAAUGUUGGAAUCAGGAUUAACACCAAAUGAAGUUACCUUCAUGAACGUUUUAUCAGCUUGCAGCCAUGCCGGAUCUGUGGAAGAGGGAAAAUACUAUUUCGGCUUGAUGAAGGAUUUUGGGACUGAACCUAACACUGAACAUUUUGCUUGCGUUGUUGACCUUCUGAGCCGAGCUGGUGAUCUGGAUGGAGCAUAUGAUAUCAUCAAAUCCAUGUCCAGUCCUGUCCAUGCUAGCAUUUGGGGUGCCUUGCUUAAUGGGUGUCGGAUUCACCGGAGAAUGGACAUGCUUAAUAGCAUUCAAAGAGAUAUUUCAAGUAUAAGUACUGAUGAUCCUGGAUACUAUACUUUAUUGUCUAACAUAUAUGCAGAGGGAGGGAACUGGGAUGAAUUUGGAAAGGUGAGAUUAAAGAUGAAAAGUAUCGGCCUAGCGAAGGUCCCGGGGUAUAGUUCGAUUGAGCUUGAAAACCAAACUUACAGAUUUGGAGCUGGAGAUGCUCAUUAUCCACAAAUGAAGGAAUUAUGUUGUUUUUUGGAGAACUUUCAGAGUCUGGCGCAGGGACAAGAUUCUAGCAUAGAAUAUGAUAGUCUAUUGUCUACACAGUAGUAUGUUCUCUCAGAGCUUGUUUGGUACCAAUUGUUGUUUGGUAUGAGAGAAGAAGAAGAUAUGGAUUGAGUGGGAAAUUUCAAAUCCUUCAAAUAACUCCAAUUUUAACAUCCCCCGUUAUGGAGAGAGAGGGAAUUCAUGUUCAAAUACAACGACAGAAAGGUCCUUUCCUUCCUCUCUAUUUUCCCAACCUUGCCUUUCUUUCCUUCCUAUUUUUGUUCCCUAUUACCAAACAAAGCCUUAAGGAAAUGUAUACAUUCUUUGAAAUUUCAU